GGUUGCACCUGCACCUUCAUAUAUUUGCCGGUGUGCGGAGAAGAUGGCAAAACGUACGGCAACAAAUGUAGUGCCGAGUGUGCAAACAUCACGAUCGCUUACGAGGGCAUGUGUCAGGAGGGUGAGCCACAUCUUGGAAUUGCUUUGUUGGUUUUAGCUAACCAUUUUCUAGAGAAGCUCUAUGUAUAG